CAUUGACUUGAAUCUAACGUAAAACACCUACUUUGGAAUGUUUAUUGUAUCAGAUGUUUGAAUAUUUAAAUGUAGUAUAAUGCGAAUUAAGGCGUAUUUAAGUGUAAGGUAUCUUAAUGCACAGAAAGGGAAUGAUUGAUUUGAUAUAAAGAAAUGUAUUUUAGGUUCAAUUUCUUGUUCAAUUAACUUUCUCCGCCAUUUCAAAUAUCAUAUUAAUUAUUCUGCAGAAAAACCAAAUACGCCCCAAUGAAACAAUAAAUGCCAUUUAAUGUUUCGUGGUGGUAGCAAGCAGGAAGUUGGCUGUUUUAGGUUGAAAAUGGGUGGCUUUUUGCAUCUUUGGACUAGGUGUGGAAUAACAUUGCUUCCUGUGUAUGUUUAUCUACUGGUCAGUUCUAGAAUAUAUUGUAAAGGUGAUGGGUGUCUAUCAUUUCCAAUUCCGAUGAAUAUUUACUUUAACGAAUCAUCAGCCUCAGGGUCCGUAAUUUUUGUAUCGAGUGAGACCAACUCACAGACAAAAGAGUGGUUUGUGACAAGCAUUGAACCGCGAGUUGCUCUGACGUUUGUGAAACAGACUUAUCAAGUGGUACUGUUGUCAGAAGUAGAUUUGGACGUGCCAAACCUGAGCGGCACCUGCUUUCCACCACAGCUACAAUUCAUGCAGAGAGUAACUUGUUUUCGACAUUUUCUAGAUCCGAUUAUCCAUUGGGUAACAUUUCAUGUGCGACAAGUCAACGACAACCCACCUGAAGCCGAAAAACUCCCUGACAUCCAGAUAUCUGAGGGAAAUGUGUCUGUGCCAUUGUUUCUACAUCGGCUAUAUGAUUACUUUAAAGACCGGGAUUGUCCAAAAGAACGUUUAUUCCUCGGCAUAUCAAAAUACUCAAGCGUGGAGAAAGAUGCAAGUGAAUAUUUCACUGUAAACAGCACAACUGGAUAUCUCUAUCAGACCAAACAAUUUGAUUACGAAGAAUCAACCAUACAGUGUGGAAUAGGAAAGGAAGGAGGGUUCCUUAACAUAACUGCUGAGGAUGGUCUACACAAAACAUCCAAAUCUCUGAGUGUGGCCUUUAUCAACAUUGAUGAUGCUCCUCCAGUGUUUGUUAAGAGUGAUUGUUCCAAUGUGUGCUUAAAAUGUCCACUGUAUUCUCUCAGUGCUUUUGUUCACAUGACUCAUCAGGGUCUUAUACCUACAAACCCACCCGCCAUUAAAGCAAUAUAUCUUGGGUCAAAUAUUGUCUAUGAUAUGGAUGUCUAUCCUACGAAGUACAGCGACAACAUUCAGUUUGAGAAUGGAACCUUCGUUCUACCACAGUCAUUUGCAAAUUUCUCGGGAUAUGUGGAGGAAUCGGACUUUACUGUGACAGUGAUAAUGCAGGCAACGGGAAGUAAUGGACAGACUUCGGAUAAAUUUCCUUUCUUGAUUCAUGUGAUUACUCGUCCGAUUUCUUCAACAAGUCAGCAGACUACUGACCAAACAUCAUCGGAUCCAACAAAAGACAAAAGGGUCAUAAUUCAGUCAACAAAUGACGUCAUUAUCAUUGUACUGGUCGUGGUUGUCGUCCUUCUUCUAACAAUUAUCAUAGUUAACGUUGUUUACAGAUAUAGAUUUCACAAAACGAAAUCAGUAUCUAUUGAACCGCUUUAUUCAGAACUGCAAAGAAACAGCAUAGAAAACGAACAUAUAUAUACAAUUGCAUAAACUUUGCAAACAAACGUUAUGCAUGUAUUGAAAUGUGUACUGAAUUUCAUUAAACACAUUGUGGUGUUUGGAAAUCGCUAUAUACGAUGUUUAUUAUGUACAUCUUACAGUCAUUUUAAUUUUCUUAAUCUAAAAUACUUUUAAGUAUUCUACUCAUUAAACUUGGU